CAAACAUUAUUUUUAUUACUUUUUGAAAUGAAAACUAUUAUUAGAGUAGAUUACAAAUUUUUAUUUUUAAUUUAAAAAGUGUAGAAAUUAGAAAUUAGUGUUCUUUUCUUUUUGUGUCUAUUCUAUUUUAAAAAUGGUUUGUGAAAAGUGUGAAGCGAAACUAUCAAGGAUAGCUACUCCAGAGGUAUGGAAAAAUGAUUCCAAAAGGAAAAUCAAUGAAAACAAGGCAUUAAGUAGUGCUAGAGCUAAAUUUAAUCCAUUAGGUAGCGCAUUGUUACCUUGCAGAAUUUGUCGACAAAAAUGUCAUCAAGCUGGUUCACAUUAUUGUCAACAAUGUGCUUAUAAAAAAGGAAUUUGUGCUAUGUGCGGCAAAAAAUUAUUAAACACAAAGAACUAUAAACAAAGCUCUGCUUAAGGACAAAUAAAAGAAACUAUUUUUCAGGGACUUUUUAGUUAUAUAUAGUUAAAAUUCCGUCUUUAAUAUAUGAAAAAAAAUGAUAUGAAACAAAUAGCUUUUUCGAAAUAGCUUGCAAUUUUUUAUAAAAUAUUUUGCAAACAAUUUUUGGAAAACUUUUUUAUAAAAUUCGUAAAAUCAAAAAAAUAUAAAAAUCAAAAAAAAAAAAAUGAAAACACAAAUAAAAUACUAAUUUGAGAUAGGGUAAAAAAAAUAAAGGAAGAAACUUAUUAUAUUUUAUAUAAUUGUACAAAUUACAAAAUUGAAUUUAAGUAGUGUGUAAAUGUAUCUAUUAAUUUUAAUAUUUAAUAUUUUUCAAUUUUGUUAAAUUUAAAGUUAUUUCCACUUAUUUUUUUUUUAUUUCGUUAGAACGAAUGUUUAGAGAAUUUUAAUGUUAAAAUAUGUAGAUAAACAUAAAACCCCUUUAAUAAGUGUUAUUUUCUAAUAAUAUUUGUAUUUUUAUUAAAUUUUAAAAAUAUUUUUCGAAAAAAUAAAAAACCAAAAAAAAAAACAAAUAUUUUUAUAUGUAAUUAAUAAAAUUAUAUAGUCGAUGAUUAGUUUUUAGUUAUACCUACAUAAUAAUGUAUAUAAGUUAUAAAUUUUGUAUUUAAUCUAUUAAAAUUACUAAAAAAUAAUAUUUAAUUUGUAAUAUUCAAAAAAAAAGAAUUUCGAAGUUGAAUACUAUUAUAUUUGUUAUUUUUUUUGUAGGUAUAUUCCUACCUACAUAAUAUAUAAUUAUCUGUAUGUGGG